AUGUCAGCUCGUGGUGAGCCUUCGACCCGGCAGGUCUACCUGUGCCCCGACGAGUUCGCCACUGUCAAGCAGACCUACCCUAAUUCGACCAGUCCUGUCAGCAUACAGCAGAGUGAAGUCACUAUUACGUAUAAUAGCAUGAGCUUAUGCAUGAGCAAAGCUUUCAAUUUUAUGAAGAAUACUGGUCUUAUCCGAAGAGAUACUUCAACUCUCACGUACCUCCUCUUGGCACUCAACGAGACAUGGUUCGUUACUGGUCCCGACUCCAAGGCUGAUCGUUUGCCGCUGUACACCGCUGGAAAUCAUAUUCAGCGCUGCUCUAAAGCUACAGGACUGGGUAUAAGGCCCAUUUCUGGGGUAUACUGCGCUUCUACGUAUUCUCUCAAUGCCACCAAUGCUGAUGAGUCCAGACUGGGUGCACUAGGGCAAGGCCUCUUCGUCACGGACUAUGCCCCUGUGACAGAGUACCACCCAUCGAUCUUCGUGGGCGCUUUCAACUUCAUAGUGGGCACUUUCUGGGGGUCGCUAAAUCUGACCUCAUACGAUACGCCCGGCUGGCUCGAAACACUGCCUAGGAAUAACCCGUUGACCUACACCAUUGACACCAACGGUAACAUCUCCGCGGUCCUUCGUUACGACCUAAUAUCAGUAUUCAUCAAGACCAGCUUAUUAGACAGAGUCGGUGAUGCUCAGACAAUUGCGGUAUCGUACCAGAAUCAGUACACUCUGCAGCUCAGUGGGAGCCGACUUACAUGCCCAACCAUGUAUGGUGAGGUUAGUGAUAUCAUGUUGCCCGAUGCGGUAAACGGGCCAAACCCCGGCAUCUUACCUGCGAUAGCAAGCAACGCGUGGAAGGAUGCUCAAGGCCUCGUCCUUGGGUGCAUCGCAGCGCUGAUUAUGGUGGGAUUUGCCAUUUGGUCAAUUCGUGUCGAGAAACGUCGUAAAAAGGCUCUCAAGAGGCGAACGGCUUUGAUUAUAUCCUCUUAA